CUAACGUACGCCUCCCAACUCGAUCCAAUUAUUAAGCGAAGACAACAAAAUUUCCCAUCACUGAGUCCUCACCUCCAAAGUGAAUCACAUGGUUGUUGGUUGAUUUCUCAAGAGUCAUAGCAGGGGUCACUAAGAUGAAGUCUUUGCUGUUUCAACUCAUAUUGACUUCCUUUGUUCUCUUGAACUCUGACAACAAUGUGAAUGCCGGUGUCACUAGUGACUUCAUUAGGAAGGAAUAUCCAUCGGAAGACAUCCCGCUUGAUAAUGAAGUAUUUGCAGUUCCAACAGGACAUAAUGCACCACAACAAGUUCAUAUGACACAAGGGGACUAUGAAGGAAAAGCGGUAAUUAUCUCAUGGGUCACUGCUGAUGAACCUGAGGCCAGCAAAGUACAAUAUGGGACGUCAAAGGGAAAAUCUGAAUUUAUUGCAGAGGGGAAGACGACAAACUACACCCUUUAUAAAUACAAAUCUGGCUAUAUUCAUCAUGUUCUUGUUGAUAAUCUUGAGUAUGAUACCAAGUACUAUUACAAGAUCGGGACUGGUCAUUCGGCAAGAGAAUUUUGGUUUCAAACACCUCCAAAAAUCGGUCCAGAUGUUCCUUACAAAUUUGGAAUCAUUGGUGAUUUGGGUCAGACAUAUAAUUCACUGUCCACCCUUGAGCAUUACAUGGAGAGUGGGGCAGAGACUGUCUUGUUUGUAGGAGAUCUUGCUUAUGCUGAUAGAUAUGAGUAUAAUGAUGUUGGUAUAAGAUGGGAUUCAUGGGGUCGCUUUGUGGAGAGAAGUACUGCAUAUCAGCCAUGGAUCUGGUCUGCUGGGAAUCAUGAAAUAGAAUACUUUCCUUACAUGGAUGAAGUUGUUCCUUUUAAGUCCUAUCUCGAACGGUACCCUACACCUCAUUUGGCUUGUAAAAGUAGCAGUCCUAUGUGGUAUGCAGUUAGACGUGCGUCUGCCCAUAUAAUUGUGCUAUCCAGCUACUCUCCAUUUGUGAAAUACACACCUCAAUGGGAGUGGCUUAGUGAAGAAUUAAAGAGGGUUGACCGUGAGAAGACUCCUUGGCUCAUUAUCCUUAUGCAUAUUCCUAUCUACAACAGUAACGAUGCUCAUUUCAUGGAGGGUGAAAGUAUGCGAGCAGUUUUUGAAGAAUGGUUCGUUCACCACAAAGUUGAUGUAGUCUUUGCCGGUCAUGUCCAUGCAUAUGAAAGAUCUUUCCGAAUCUCAAAUAUAAGGUACAAUGUAUCAGACGGUGACCGUUACCCAGUACCAGACAAAUCAGCUCCGGUUUACAUCACUGUUGGAGAUGGUGGAAAUCAAGAAGGUCUAGCAGGAAGCUUCAGAGAUCCUCAACCAGAGUAUUCUGCAUUCCGAGAAGCCAGUUAUGGUCAUUCGACGCUGGAGAUUCGAAAUAGGACACAUGCUUUGUACCAUUGGAACCGCAAUGAUGAUGGGAAAAAAGUGCCCACUGACUCGUUUGUAUUACACAAUCAGUACUGGUCAAGCAGUCCGAGACGAAGAAAACUGAAGAAGAUUCAUUCGAGCAGCGCGCUUGGGUGGAUUGCUUCUUACUAAGAAGAAGAUGAAAUUUCAACCAGAGCGGAAUGAAUCUGGUUGAGGAGACGAAAAUGCCGACAUUAAUCAAAUUGAUUAAGCAAAGAUGCUAAUUACUUACAGGAUGCUUUUACUUGCAGUGAUCCUUUUCUUCUGAUGAAUGCUUGGAAAUGAACACUUCAAAUGGAUCUUGAAUUGUAUGUUGUAUCAAAAUCUUUAGCAUCAUCACUGUUUGUGAAUUGGGAACUGUUUUCUC